AUGCAUAUCUUGAAAGGUUUACCUGGAUCUGGAGGUGUCUUGGGAGCAGGAGGUGUACCAGGAGCUGGAACAGGAUUGGUAGGAGGUCCUGGCGUUCUGCCUGGAGGGCUUGGGACCGGUGUUGGAUAUGGAGGGUAUGGAGGAGCACAAAAACCACCUAAAUAUGGACAACCAGCUGGUGGGGUCGGAAGUGCGUUGGGUGGGUCGGUACCAGCAACUGGUGGAACUGGGGCCACAGGAACCGGAAUUGGAACUGGUGGUGUAGGUGGGGCUGGAGGCACACCAGUUUCAGGAACCAAGCCAGACAAAUAUGGCAUCAUAGGAGGAACAGCAAUUCCAGGAAGUACAGCUGCUACCGGCACAGAUCGUGGAGUAGGACCUAAACCUGGAGUUGAUGGAGUGAUUGGCAGUCCUUAUGAUGCAACCCGUGGUGCUGGAGAAGGUCAAGGUGGAACAAAAGCUCCCAAGACUGAAUAUGGCGGACCAAUAGAGGGAUCAGGUGUUACUGGUGGGUCCAUUGAUGCUGAUGGACUUGAUGGGGUUGCUGGGACAGGAAUACCCAUCUUAGCUGGAGAAAAACCAGGUGUCUCUGGAACUGUACCAGGUGGAACAGGAGUGCCACGACCCGAGAGAGUUGGCGAUAGUGGAACACUACCAGGAGCCAAACCACUAAAGCCCCCAGGCAUUGGAGGUGGAGCCAUUGCUGGACGUGGAGAUACCCCAGGCACUAUUGAAGGAGGACCUGGAAGUGUAGGCGGUGGUCCAGGUGGGGUUGGUGGAGGACCGGGAGGAGUUGGUGGAUUUCCAGGGGGAGUUGGUGGAGUUCCAGGUGUUGGUGGAGGUCCGGGGGGAGUUGGUGGAGUUCCAGGGGGAGUUGGUGGAUUUCCAGGGGGAGUUGGUGGAGUUCCAGGGGGAGUUGGUGCAGUUCCAGGGGGAGUUGGUGGAGUUCCAGGAGGAGUUGGUGGAGUUCCAGGGGGAGUUGGUGGAUUUCCAGGGGGAGUUGGUGGAGUUCCAGGGGGAGUUGGUGCAGUUCCAGGGGGAGUUGGUGGAGUUCCAGGAGGAGUUGGUGGAGUUCCAGGGGGAGUUGGUGGAGUUCCAGGUGGAGUUGGUGGAGUUCCAGGAGGAAUUGGAGGAGUUAAACCCCCUAAAGUUUACAGCGGUACAGGUGGAACUGGAGCUCUUGGAGUUGGAGGUGUAGGUGGAAUGGGUCCAGCUGGAACAGGAGGAGCUGGACUUCUGCCUGGAGGUGGUGGUUUACUACCAGGAGGUUAUGGAGGAGCCGGUGGGAUCCAACCAGGGACUGGCCUCAGGUUCCCCAGUGGGGCUGCAGUGGGCAGCAAACAAGGAAAAGUUUAUGGGGCAGCAGGCACACUUGGUGGGUUUGGAGGCCCAGGCGGAUAUGGAACAGGACCCGGUGGCUUUGGAGGUGGUCCAGGUGGUUACGGUGGUGGCCCGGGUGGCUAUGGUGGUGGCCCAGGCAGUGCUGGUGGACUUGGAGGGCCUGGAAUUGGUGGGCUUGGUUAUGGUCCUGGCGCAGUAAAACCACCUAAAAGCUAUGGAGGAACUGGAACAUUGGGUGGGGCUGGAAGAGGAGGAAUUGGUGGAGGUCCUGGAGGUCUUGGUGGUGGUCUAGGAGUAGGACCAGGAGGUGUUGGUGGAGGUCCUGGAGGAGUUGGAGGACUGGGUGGAGGUUUAGGUGCCAGAUAUCCAGGUGGUGGCCUGGGAGCUGGAGCUGUGAAACCUGGGAAAUCAGGGUAUGGAGGUUAUGGUGCAGCUGGAGGCGUGGGAGGUCUUGGAGGAGCAGGUGGAGGACUAGGAGGUCUAGGAGGAGGUGCUGGAAGCCCAGUAGGAACUGGCUUUGGCACGGGUGCACUGGGUGGUCAAGGCUAUCAGCCCGGUUAUGGUGGCACUGGUGCAGGGGGACCUGGAAGUGCUCCACUUACACCUCAGCAAUCAAAAGCAGCCAAAUAUGCAGCUCUUCAAGGCUUUCUAGGUGCUGGAGGCUACAGAGGGGGCGCAGGAUGCCAAGGCAAAUACUGCGGAAGAAGGAGGAAGUGAGAAACCAGCUGAUCAAAGUGACCUCAUAAACAAGUGGUGCUACUGCCUGAUCUCAAAUGCACUUUUUUACAGUUUAAAAGUGCCUCGUGUAAUAUGUGAAUGAUUUGGACUUACACUAAAGAAUUUUUCUGCCGUAUGAUUAGAUGUGAUGGGAAACUCACAAGGCACUCUUUGCACUGCCUAAACUCCCUUUACUUUACUUGUGUCACUAUACGUUUUCUACAAGUUUAACAUGAUUGCUUGAUUUUAUUUUCAACCAUGUUACCAUUUAAUGUUCCAUCUUAAAAUUCUGCAGUUCCAGCUGUGCAUCUCUUAUGGUUUUGCUGCAGUUGUUCACUUACACUUAGCUGUGUAUUUAGACACAUGCAAUCUAGGGACGUGUCGCUGCUAUUUCAGGAUGAACUGUGACAGUGGAGGAAGCAGCGUCAUUAGGCUUCAUGUUCUGGCCACCUAUCAUAAAGUAAAGGGAGCCUGUUUUUCUUUCUAGCUGUAUGCAUAUGAGUUCAUGAACCCAUAUUUUGUCUUUUCCAGCAUCUUCAGUCAUUCAAAGCGUAGUCACAUGAAGGAACGCGAUCUAGGCUUACCAAUUUUAGUCUUAUAAGAACAAAGUGCUUGUCGUAGCUGCAGUAGACAGCAUCUAAGUACUGAGGAUUAUAAGCUGUCUUCAACGAUACCUCAGGAACUUGAAGUGGUUUCUUUUCUAGUAUCCUGACCCUAGUAAAACCUUGUUUUUGUUUGUUUGUUUUAACGUAACUCUUAUUAAAUUAAAAUG